AUGUCCACUGCUGCCUCAUCAUCUGCGUCGCCAACGGUUGUUCGCAGCCAUUCUACCUCGUCUCGUCCCCAAACCAACGGUCCGCCCUCGUCCGAUCUUCCCCAUCGAACUAGAAGUGUCGCGGUUCGGCCCUCAACCGCAUCCCAGCCUUCCCAGCCGCCCCAUCAAUCCCAACACCUCCAGUCCCCUGGCCAACUUAGAACACAGGCCUAUGAGCGCCAUCCUCCCCCGUCCAAUAAGGCUGUUUUUGACAAUUUAGCUCGUCGCGAUCCCGAAGUCGCUAGAGGAAAUCAUCCGCCUCCCACUCGUCGCAGUUAUUCCCGAGAACGUUCCCAGGAACGUGCCGCCGCAUACCACUCUGAUACCGCCCCGAAGAGACACCAGCGCAACCUUUCCGUUCAGGGUCACCAACGCGACAGCAUCGACAUGGCUACGGCUGGAGCUGCCACGGCCGAAGGGUCUACCGGCCCUCCACAGGCGGGCUCUGGUGCGCAAGUGCACUCUGCUGCGUCUGCGGCACCAAAACGUCGCACCAUGAUUACGACGCCAUCCGGCCAGUGGGCGCUCGGGAAAACGAUUGGUGCUGGUAGUAUGGGAAAAGUAAAAUUGGCAAAGAACAUGGAAACCGGUGAACAGGCGGCCGUCAAGAUUGUACCUAGACAGUCCUUCGAAGAGCAUCGCAGUGCGCGUGAGGCGGAAAGGGCCGAUCGCUCCAAAGAAAUCCGAACCGCCCGUGAAUCCGCCAUUGUUAGUCUCGUGAGCCAUCCGUACAUCUGUGGCAUGCGCGAUGUCGUGCGCACCACCUACCAUUGGUAUAUGCUCUUCGAAUACGUCAACGGGGGCCAGAUGCUCGACUAUAUCAUUUCGCAUGGCAAACUCAAAGAAAAGCAGGCCCGCAAGUUUGCCCGACAAAUCGCCAGCGCGUUGGACUACUGUCAUCGCAACAGCAUUGUUCACCGUGAUCUCAAGAUCGAGAACAUUUUGAUCAGCAAAACGGGUGACAUCAAGAUCAUUGACUUUGGUCUGAGCAAUCUGUUUUCCCCAAGAAGCCUUCUCAAAACAUUCUGUGGCAGUCUUUACUUUGCCGCUCCGGAACUGCUGCAGGCCAGGCAGUAUACCGGACCCGAGGUUGAUGUAUGGAGUUUUGGAAUUGUUUUAUAUGUUUUAGUAUGCGGAAAGGUGCCUUUUGACGAUCAGAGCAUGCCGCAGCUGCAUGCGAAGAUCAAGAAAGGUAAUGUCGAGUACCCACAGGGACUCACUAACGAGUGCCGCCACAUCAUUUCACGCAUGUUGGUCACGGAUCCAAAGCAACGUGCCAGCUUGACGGAAAUCAUGAGCCACCCUUGGAUGAACAAAGGAUUCAGCAGCCCGCCAGAAAACUAUCUUCCCACCCGUGAACCAGUGCAGCUCCCAUUGGAUUCCGAUGUGAUUGAGAAAAUGACAGGAUUUGACUUUGGAUCGCCGGAGUACAUUACAACGCAGCUCACCAAGGUCAUCGAGUCGGAGGAGUACCAGAAUGCCGUGAACAACUAUCGCGAGCAACCGCCCCCGAGUCUGCCGGAAAAGAAGCGGGGGAUGUUUGAAUUUUACAAACGGCGGAAUUCGGCCAGCAGAGAUACUCUGUCGAAUCCUUCUGCCGAGGCCGUACAGCUUGGAAGCGAUCCUCUGAAUGCGUACAGUCCGUUAUUGUCGGUGUACUAUCUAGUCAAGGAGAAGCUGGAUAGAGAACGAACCGAGACCAAGCCCGGUGCUCUUGGUCUGCCACAUGGAGCCGGUGACAGCAUGCUGCAAAUGCCGGACCUUCCGGCGCCAGAAGCCGCUCAUACCAACCAGUAUCAAAUCCCCGGGGAGAGUGAUACUGGUCGCAGAUCCCGUCCUAGGGCCAGGACCCACGGUGAUGAUGAACUUGGGGAUGGUGUCAAGAACCUCAACCUUGGCCCGCAGCCUGGACAGGCGUCGUCUGCCCAGCCUGGAUCCCAGCCAGGAACCCCUGCGAAGAAGGAAAGCACUGCUGCAGGCAUCUUGAGACGAUUCAGCACGCGUCGAACCAAGGACCGCGGCCGUGAUACGGAGCGUCCUCAGUUCGGACAUAGCCACACACCGUCGUUGAACGUCCAGCCACCUGCAGACUCGGCUUCUCCUCUUCACCGUGGAUUCAGCAUGAGGAGAGCUCGACGAGCGGACCCAUCGCCAACAAAUUCUGGUGGCAGCCAAGCACACAAUGAUCAUCUCAAGGCACCUGGAUCGGCAGAGCAGGCCUCGCGAUCCAACAAGUUUCUGGAAAGGUCUACCAGCGUCAGUUCCGCCGAGAACCGAGCGCAAAGGGCAGCCCGCCGUGGUGGUGACGCUGAUACAUUAGACUUCGCGGACGGGCGGCAACCGCCUGCAACCAGUGGAUCAGACCAUGUGGCGGUUAAUGACACUGCAGGACGGACAUCUAGAGCACCCAUGCGCACUCAUAGUACGCGUACGGUGUCGCUUGGUCAUGCCCGUCGUGAGAGUAUACAGGCACGAAGAGCCAGACGGGAGGCUGCCCGGGAGUCCAACGUGCCGGAGGAGACGGAUGCAGACAUCUCCGGGGCUGGAACUGCGUUGGAAAGUGCCAACGAAGGAGAGGACUUGUCGAAGCCGGUCUACCUCAAGGGUCUCUUCAGUGUAUCGACUACUAGCAGCAAGCCUCUCCCGGUCAUCCGGGCGGAUAUCAUUCGAGUGUUGAAGCAACUUUCUGUGAGCUAUCAGGAAAUCAAGGGAGGAUUCAGUUGUCGACAUGCCCCAAGCAUCGAUCUCGACAAGGUGGUGGAUGUCGGUCCCCCAAGUCCGGAUCGCCAAGGCCAGGUCUCGAAUCACCGGAGGCGUAUCAGCCUCGGAGGACUCUUGAACCACGAGGAGCGCACGCAACGUCGAUCACAGCAGCAAAACCCCCCAGACCGCAGUUUCGUCUCGAACUCCGAAUCCGACGAAUACGUCACCCCCCGGAACCAAAACGUCGGUGAACGCGUGGUCGGCGAGACAACGACGCAAGUGCAAAGCGAUACAGGCGAGAACAUGAUUCUGCGGUUUGAAAUCCUCAUCGUGAAAGUGCCGCUGUUCUCACUGCAUGGCAUUCAAUUCAAGAAGGUGGCCGGUGGAAUGUGGCAGUACCGGGAGAUGGCGAAGAAGAUACUGGAUGCAUUGAAGUUGUGA